UUAUAACCCACCACAAUUUCCUUUUUCUGAUUCGCGCUGAUAAAAAUAUCUUAAAUGGCAGAAUGCUGAACUAACUAUUGAGUUGGAAGCUGCGCUGAAGAAAGCAGAUCCUUUGGCAAAGAGAAGAGAGUGGGUAGAGCUUUUAUAGCGGAUCCAUCAUACAGACAGUCAGCUGGAGAUGGAUAUGCUUCAUAUAAUGUGCCUGAUAAGCGUCUGUUUCUGCCUUCCUUUAACCAUGGCAGUGAGCUGUUGGGUGUUUUUUGUGGUACGAAGGGAGCAGGUCCCCAUCACCUACUACACAAACCUCCUUAUCUCCAAUCUGAUCCAGUUCAGCGCGUUGAUCUUCUUCUUGAUUUUCCACUCAAACCAUGCUCUCUAUCGUUAUAUUUUUGAGGGAAUUUUUUUCUGUGCCGUGUUUGCUAAUCUUGACUUCAAAAUGUGCAUUGCUACUGAAAGGUGUUUGGUCAUCACCCGUCCACAGUGGAACUGCAUCAGACAAACUAAAGGUUCUGUGCUGCUCUCUGUUCUGGUUUGGAUCCUGUCUAUUAUCACUGUACCUCUUGCUGUAUUCUUCUAUGUGAUUUUACUCCCUGUGUUAAUUUUUUUUGCCCUCGUUCCUUUUUUCCUGUUCAUCUUCACUUUGGUUUGGACCCUCAAAACUCUGCCUGCUGUCACUUCAGUGCCCACUGAAGAAAAACAGAAAAUUGUAGGAAUCUUAGUUCUGUUGUUAGUUAAUCAUUGUCUGAUGUUCCUUCCCCUGAUCAUCCUUUAUAUUGUAUCAAUUUCACUUUAUUUUCUCGGUUAUUUUUCUUAUUUUUCUGCCGUUCUAAUCUACAUGAAUUUAUUUCUGUUCAAUCCUUUCAUGGAUGUGAUUUUGGUUUUUCUCAUAUGGAAAGACCCCAUCGACAAUCAGCUGUUGUCUCUGUGUUGUUACACUAUGGACAACACUGCUGGAGAAGUAGCUGCAGAUAAAAAGCUACAGCUACAAUGCUGCAGUGACUGUAACAGCACAGUGGUGUACACAGCACUGCAGCAGAUGUAGCUGCACAUAAUCAGACAGGUGGUUGAUUGUAGAUAAAUUAAAUGAACUACUAUUCUGCUCCUCUGUAAUUUGUAUUUCUUCACACAUACUAAGAAAGAGUAUGGUACAUGAAAGCCUGGCUCACAGUCUCUGUUCUAGUUCAUCCCAAAGGUUCUUUUAGGUUGUCAGGACUGUGUGCAGGCCUGUCUAGCUCUUUCACAC